GCCGCUGGUAUCAGCUAUUCGGCCACGCACACCUACGCGAUUUUUUUUUAAUAUUCUUCGGCCUUCGCGUACAUGAUUGUACAACGUCCCAAGACCAAACGUCGUCUUUACUUAUCUAUGGUCGUCUUCUGACCACUCUAAGUCAGAAUAACAGAACACAUCUUUAUUCUUCUCUAGCAUAAUAUGUCGCUGUCGGUUAUGACGUUAUGUCGAACAAAAUACGUUGUUAUUAAUAACACUGUGCAAAGUAGUUAAUCGAGCGGGUACAUAACAACUCACUGUAAUAAUAAUUACGAGUAUACCUGUAAUUAUUUAUCACCAUAUUAUAUUCCUGUGUACACCAGCUCCGACCAAGACGUAGUGCACUUCGUGAAUGAUUGCCACUCAAUGAUGGACAUCGAUCCAAUUAUAGUGUCCACGAGCUUAGAAGCUCUAAUUGUUUACAAUUGUAUAAAACUGCUGUUUAAGAAAAAUAGUAUUUAACCCUAGCGAAAGAAAUAAACGACUCAAAAUGGAAGAAAACAGAUGUAGAAAUACUAGAAAAAUUUGAAUUGUAUUAUUUGUAUUCUUACCAAGAAGCCUAAUUUAUGUUUGCAUACAAUUUCUAGAAAUAAAUAAAAACAAAAAUAUUAGCUCAAACAGUUUGAUGCAUUUGAAAAAAAUAACCUAAAAAGAGCAACUAAAAAUACUAACGAAAAAAUUGACAGUGCUGCAAUGAUUGCUUUCAGUGGAUUUGUGCAAAGGGAUCCGGAAUGUGCACCUUUAGCUGCAAAAUGUAUUUUAGCCAAAAUUCAUUCAAUGCAAGAAUGGGAAGCUUUGCAAGCCCUUCAUUUACUAGAUAUAUGUAUGCAGACCGGUAGUGCUAGUUUUCAAGCUGAAGUUGGUAAAUUUUGUUUUCUUAAUGAACUUAUACGUUUAGUUUCUCCCAACUGCAAUGGAAUUCACACUCCAGAUUUAAUAAAAAACAAAAUAAUUGAACUUCUUGGCUUAUGGUCAACACAAUUCCCCAAAGAAAUUAAGAUACAAGAUGCCUUAGAUAUGUUAAAAAAACAAGGUGUUGUAAAGGAUUUUUUAUUUGAAAAUAUGCCAUCAAAAACAGCUUCUGCUUCUAAAAUGGAUUCCAAUAAAGUGUCAAUUUUAAAUGGUGAAAAAUCAUUAUUGCUGCAAAAGUUAUUGAAAAGUAAAAAAUCAGAAGAUCUCAAAGCUGCAAAUGAAUUAAUUAAAUCUAUGGUUGAAGAAGAAGAGCAGAAAGCAGAACGAAUUAGUAAUAUGUUGGCUGAUAUUGAGAUAACUUCAAAUAAUGUUAAAUUAUUAUCAGAAAUGCUCAAAUCAUAUGGUGGUGGUUCUGGUUCAUCAAAUGAUUUAGAACUUAUUAAAGAGUUGUAUGAUACUGUUAAACAAUUGGAACCAAAAGUUCAAACAAUGUUAUCUCUAGAAAUUCCAGAAAAUGAGGAUACUGUUAGAAAAAUAAUUAAACUUAAUUAUGAAAUAAAUGAAACAUUAAAAACAUACAAUGAAGUUCUAGAAAAUCUUGAUCAUAAAAAAUCAAUUGAUCAACAAGAUGAGGAAAACUUGUUAGACUUUAGUAUGUCAUCUGUUUCACCUGGGAGAAAAGACUUUUUAAAUGAAUCUAAUUGUGAAAGAAAUAGUUUUCCAAAUAAUGGAUCAGCAAACGUUAAAGAACUAGAUGAUUUUUUGCAAAUAUCACAUCCUAUAAAAGAAUUUAUUCCUUCACUGCCUGAAGUCGUAAAUUCUCAAAAACGUGUAGAAAUUAAAGAAAAUGUAUAUUUAGACUUAUUUGAAGAACUAAAUAUUCUCGGAAAAGAUAUUUUAAAUAAACCAAAUGAAACUAAAAAUUUUGAAAAACCUUUUAAUUUGACCGAAAAAGAAUUUAAUUCAGAUAUUAUAAAAAAAAAUGGUCUAUCACAUGAUCCAUUGUUUGGCACACAAGAUUCAAUAAUAUUUGAACAACCAAAUAAUCAUAGUCUUCAGAUAAAGCCUCUUGGUGAUAUUAAUAUUAAACUUGAAGACAUUAUUCCAUGUCCUGAUUUCAGUAUUGUGAGCUUAUUUGAUAAGAAUGAUAUUAGUACAGAACUACAUUUAGCAGCAAACAAACCAAGAGAAGAUGUUACAGUUUUUGUUGUUACUACCAGAAGUAAAUGUAAACUGCCAUUAUUUAAUUUCUCAUUCCAACCAGUUGUUCCAAAAGACUGUAAGUUACGUAUAUUACCACAAUCAAGAACCAAUCUUCCUAUUUAUAAUGCAUUUUUACCACAAGAAACCAUUGUGCAAAUCAUACUAGUUGCAACUCUAAAUAAAGAAAGUAUACCUUUAAAAUAUGUCAUAAGUUAUACAAUGGAUGGUGAAAUGUUUACUGAAUUUGGCGAAACUGAACAGCUGUGCAUAAACUAAGUUUAUGAAUAUUAUGAUCUCAAAAAAAUUAUUGAAUACAUAUUUUCAUUUAAUUUCAAUACAGUUUAAUUUAUAUUAUAAUCAAACAGUUUAUUUUACUUAUAUUAUUAAGUGACUUUAAUAUUAAUCAGUUAUUAGACUCUAAAUUAUUAUUAUUUAAAACUUUGAAAUUAAUAUUAUUAAAGGAAUAUGUUAUGUUGUAUUCAUAAUUUGUAAACUAGUCAUUAAAAGAGUGUUAAAUGAUAAAAUUGUUCAGUAUUUAUGUUAAAAUGAUAAUGGAUAUUCCAUUUGCUAUUUAAUAUUUAAUAUUACCAUUUAAAUCUAGUCAGUGGAUAUGCAAUAUUAUGAUAGAAUAAGUAAAAUUUUAAAACACAUUUUUAUGAUCUAUUACAUUAAACAUUAUUUUUUUAAAUUGAUGUUAAUUGUUACAAAUUAUUUUAAUAUUUUUGAUUUUUUCAGUGUAAAAUAUUUGGACUGAGGCUAUCUUUUUUAAGUUAUUAAAAAUACAUAUAAAAUCAAUUAUAAUGUUACAGCGGUUUUAUUUAUUUUUACCUGUAGGCUGUAGUAUAAAUAUUAUUUUCAUUAUAAUCAUUAAAAUUGCAUGUCUCAUAUUAUAAACUACUUAAUUAUUCAGCUACAAUAACAUCAUAUCCAAUAAAAAUAUAAAUAUUGUAAUUUAUAAAUAAUAAUAUUUAUUAUACAUUUAUAUAUCAGUGGCAUAGUUAUGAUUUUGUUCUGGGAGGAGGAUAUAUAAUUGAUUGGCUAAACAUAAAGUGAGGAGCUCAAUAAGUCAAUGCAUUAAACAUUAAAAAAAAAAGGCUCUGGGGGGGAUCUAUCCCCAUAUCCCCCCCCAUAACUAUGCUACUGUUAUACAUGAAAUAAAGAAAAAAUUGCAAAAUAAGUAUGAAGGGUUCAUAGUUAACUUAUAAGUAAUUAAUGUUGCCAUGUAUUAAAUAAAAAAUAAGUUUCCAAGUUAAUUAUACAUUUAUCCUCAGUUAAUAUUGUCUUAUAACAGUAUAUAUUUGUACAUGUCUGUAAACAAGUAACUGUACAUAGAAAAUUAAUCAAUGAUAAAAAUAAAAACCAAUAAUGAUUUUACUGUAAAAUUA